UUGAAUAAAUUAUAUGUGUAAAAUUGCAAUUUUACAACAUUAAAUACAUUAUAAUUUAUAGGUUAUAUCGUAUAAACGAUGGUACAUCUGAGAACAUCGAUUAUAACAAAAUUCUAACAAAAAAUAAAGCCGCGUACAAAACUUCCAACCGAAAAUGCAAGCUGCAUUUAAACGUUCUGUACGCCGAUUUGUGUUUGAUAUUAAAAAUGCUCGUAGUAUAAAUAAUAGUGUAAUAAACUAUGCGUUACCAGCAGAUAGUGUAAUGUAUGUUUUUGAUAGAAACACAAAAUUACUUCAAAGAGAACGUGCUACCCAAGCACCCGACGUAAAAGUGUACGAUUACAUUAAAGAUGAAGUAGGCUCUAGAUUAGCAGAUAGAAUAUUUGAUAUAAAGAAAAAGUUUAAAAAAGCUCUUGAUUUAGGGUGCGGUCGUGGUCAUGUAUCAAAACAUAUUUUAGCAGAAUCUGUAGAGGAAUUGAUUCUAAGCGAUAUGUCCCCAACCAUUCUACAACAAGUAAAGACUACAGAGGGAAUUAAAGUAUUGCGAACAGUUAUGGAUGAAGAAAAUUUUGAAUUUGAACCUGAUAGUUUAGACUUGAUAGUAAGUUCAUUAAGUCUUCAUUGGGUGAAUGAUCUACCAAGGUGUUUCAAGAACAUUAAUAAAAGUUUAAAAAAUGAUGGGGUCUUUAUGGCAGCUAUAUUUGGAGGAGAGACUCUGUAUGAAUUAAGAUGCUCUUUACAAUUAGCAGAAUUAGAAAGAGAUGGUGGUAUUUCAGCACACAUAUCUCCCUUUGCAGAAAUUAGAGAUAUUGGAGCUUUGUUGACAAGAGCAAAUUUUACAAUGUUAACUAUUGAUACAGAUGAAAUAGUUAUUGGUUAUCCAAGCAUGUUUGAGUUAAUGUGGGAUUUAAAAGGGAUGGCUGAAAACAAUGCAGCAAGAAAUAGAAAAUUACGUUUAAAUAAAGACACUAUACUUGCAGCUGCUGCAAUAUACAAAGAAUUGUAUGGAAAACUUAAAGAUGAUGGUAGCCCAUAUGUACCUGCCACAUUUCAAGUGAUAUAUCUACUAGGUUGGAAACCAGAUCCAUUGCAACCAAAACCCUUAGAAAGAGGUACUGGACAAGUAUCUCUUAAAGAUUUGUAUAGGUUAGAUGAGAUUAUAAAAGAAACAAAAAAAGUUAAGACAGACGAAGAUUAGUGAUUUCUGUAAAUAACAUUUAAAGUAUUGUAAAUAUUCAUAUUAAAUAUAAAAUUUAAUAUUUA